CUCUCUCCCCACUUAUGUUUGGCGGCACCAGAACAGGGAGACGCACACAGUCUCUCUCUCUCUCUCUCUCUCUCUCUCCCCUCCGGAUUUUGCUCCGUUUGAUUCUUGUACUCGGUUUCGCUAGAUUUCAUCGGUCUAAUCAUCUAAGGAAAUUGAGAAAACGAAGAUUUUGCUGCUAAUUCACUGCGAAUACAGUCAAUACCCAUGUCCCCAAUUUCCCCUUUUUAUCCUCCGAUUUUCUAGAUGUGUACGGAACAUCGGAGAUCACUGUCGUCUUCGUUUUCGUCGUGGUGGUUGUCAGAUGGGUGACAGCGGCGGUGCAGGUAGUGGCAGUUUCGCUCUCUCCAGUCUCCUCCUCUGUCAUGAAACAGAGUCUUGCCUGAACGAGGAAGAACUCCACGAUGACGAAGAUCACGAGACCAACGUCCAAGCUUGGAGAUCGGCGCACGACCCGUGUUUUGUCUCUGUGGGAGAUGACGAGGAAGAGUAUUUGUCGGAGCUGGUUCGGAGAGAGACCCAUCGAGUCGGAUCCGUACCCGAUGAACCGGCGUCGUCUUUUGCUGGCUGUACGGUCCCUGGCUCUGUUUGGUUCAGAUGGGCCAGAUUGGACGCCAUCGAUUGGAUAAUCCAUACGGGAGCAAAAUUUGGGUUCGAACAUCAAACAGUGUAUGUGGGAAUUUCCUAUUUCGAUCUGUUCCUUUCGAGAAGAUCCAUUGAUGAGGGAAAAACUUGGGCGAUUCGGUUGUUAUCUGUUGCUUGUUUAUCAUUAGCGUCGAAAAUGGAGGAAUGCAGGGUUCCGGGUUUAUCAGAAUUCCCAUCGGAAGAUUACGUAUUUGAAGCCAAAGUGAUUCAGAGAAUGGAAUUCUUAGUACUCACAACGUUGGAUUGGAGGAUGAACUUGGUCACUCCUUUCACUUACUUGCAUUACUUCGUUUUCAAGUUCAUAAAAAAUGAACCUUUCGCAAAUGGGUUGUCGUCAAGAAUCUCCGAAUCUCUUCUCGAGAUGACAAAGGUAGAGAUCAGGCUGAAGGAUCAUCGACCGUGGGUUGUCUCUGCUGCUGCAGUCUUAGCUUCAUCAUUUUCUAAAUCAACGAGAGAAGAUUUUGGGACGAAGCUUAGCUCGCUACCGUGGUGGAUAUCCAGUGAGAAUGAGAAUGUGUAUUCGUGUUAUCGGAUAAUGCAGGAGAUGGAAGAGAGCAGACAGAGGACACCGGAAUCAGCCAUUUCCCGGGAAAAACAGUUGGUGAAUCCGAUCGGUGAGGACUCUUGUUUGGAAUCAGGAUCCGUCUCUAAACGCCGCCUCUCGUUCGAUGGUUCCGAUGAUUUCUCUCCGGCCAAGAAAGUGCGUCGGUCUUAGGAUGUUCUUGUUGAUCUUGGAUUGAUUGAUUCUGUUUUGGUUUUAUCCCAAAGUCAAUUGGUUAUAGCGAAGUCGAAUACCAUAUGGUUAUUAUAUUUCAUUUCAUUUUUUUUUUCAAGUCAAUUGGUUGGUGGUGUGAGCGUCUUUACUCAGCACAGCAGUGUCAUGGCAUUGACGAUCAUGGGGGCUAAACCGCAACCAUCAAAACUAUAGGGUCUUUUCUGGGAUAGCUGAAGAAAUAUUGGGGGGUUCGCAGAAAGGAAGCUAAAAGUAAAUAUAUGAGGGAGAAGAGUCUUAUUAGGCAAUGGUUGUGGUCAUUUGUUGUUCUCUUUGUGCUCCUAUUUGCCUACAAAUAUCAACCCCUUCUUCUUCUUCUUCUUCUUUUCCCUCUUUUAUUAAUUUUUCUUUAUCCAACUUUUUUCUAUUUUCAAUAUGUUUGAUUUUUAUUUAAAUGUGGUGGGAAACACAGGAUUUUGUAUGAAAGUCCAUCACUUUCCCAUCCCUUGGAACUUCUGAAACUUCUGAUUGGUGGAUAUGCUUUGUCCUGUGUC